AUGCGAAGUGGUAUAGGUGGUACGGCAAUGCACAGUGACAAUUGUGAACGAAUGCAGUUCACCGACGUCAAUAUUGAAUAUGCUGGUGGAUUAGCUUGGUUCGAAACGGGUGGAGCAGGCAAUCAUCGUUACGAGCGAAUCACUGCUCGAACGGGUUCGAAACCGAUAGGUGCCACAGAAAAUCCAUUGAUGAGUGCCAAUGCCGACGGAUUUCAUUCAGCAGGUGUACACCGUGGACCGACUAUUAUAGAUUCUCUUUUUACACGGAUGCCUGACGAUUAG